ACACUACAGACCUUGACGGACUUUAAAAUUUCACAGUUUUUUUUUUUACCCUGUCGUGGGGUUUUGUCUGGUUGGGUACUGGUUGGGUAAACUGAUUGUUUUGGAUUGGUUUGGUUUUCGCUAUAUUCGACAUUUUUCACCGCAACAGCUUGUCUGUGUUGAGAAUUCGACUACAAUGAUUUCCAUUGCGGAGUAACGUUACUCACAGAAUUGAGAAAAGCCAAAGGAGCAAAAUAGAUUUAGCUGGGUGAAGAUGAAGUCCCCAGCACCGUAAUACCGGUCUCUAACAAGCAAUCAGUCGAUGGACCAACUGUAGUUAUAUGGAAGAGAAGGCAAGACCAAAUGAGGCACCAUCUCCAGCACUCUCAUUCCCGUCUGUGAUCAGUCAAUGGAUAGACCCAUUGCAUUCAACAAUGCAACACAAAGUUACAUGGGAGAGAAGGCGAGACCAGAUGAAGCACCAUCUCCAGCACUCUCACUCCUGUCUGCAAAGAGUGAUCAGUCAAUGGAUAGACCCACUGGAUUCAACAAUGUAGCACAACAUUAUAUGGGAGAGAAGGCGAGACCAUAUGAAGCACCAUCUCCAGCACUCUCACUCCUGUCUGUAAAGAGUGAACAGUCAAUGGAUAGACCCAUUGCAUUCAACAGUGCAGCACAACAUUACAUGGGAGAGAAGGCGAGACCAGAUGAGGCUCCAUCUCCAGCACACUCACUCCUGUCUGCAAAGAGUGAUCAGUCAAUGGAUCAGCCAGUUGCUUUCAGCAAUAAAACACCUAGUUACGUUGGGUAUGAAAAUCCAAGACCAGCUGAUGCACAAUCUCCUGCAACUUCAUACAUCUCUUUAAAAAGCAACCAAUCAAUGGAUCGACCGAUUGCAUUCAAACACAGAAGUCAGCCUUACAGCGUUAUACGUCUGAGACCAGAUGAAGCUCCAUCUCCAUCACCCUCACUCCUGUCUGUAAAGAGUGAUCAGUCAAUGGAUAGACCAAUUGCAUUCAACAGUGGAGCGCAAAGUUACAUGAAAGAGAAUCUGAGACCAGAUGAGACACCAUCUCCAGCACUCUCACACCUUUCUAUGAAAAGUGAUCAGUCAAUGGAUCGGCCAAUUGCGUUCAGCAAUGAAACACCUAGUUACAUUCGUCCAAGACCAGCUGAGGCACCAUCUCCUGCAACUUCAUACUUCUCUUUAAAAAGCAACCAAUCAUUGGAUCGACCGAUUGCAUUCAAAGACAGAAGUCAGCCUUACAGUGUUAAACGUUUAAAGCCAGAUGAAGCUACAUCUCCAGCACCUUCCCUCACAUCUCUUAAAAGUGAGCAUUCAAUGGACCGACCGAUUGGAUUCAGACAGGAAGCACAGAAUUACAGGGACAGAAGCACACUUUCAGCCACUCUGCUGACAGAAGACCACUACAGAUGCUCAGUUUGCACAGAGGUCUUUAAGGAUCCAGUUUCCAUGCCCUGUGGACACAGUUACUGCAAACACUGCAUUGAGAUCUACUGGAGCAAACCAACUCAAGCUAGAGGUUAUGCUUGUCCGCAGUGCAGGAAGAGGUUCAGAGAUCGUCCUGUGUUGAGUGUAAACGUUGCUUUGUCUAAACUGAUCGAGGAACUCCAGAAGGCAGGAUUUAGUCCUGCUCUUCCUGCUCACUGCUAUGCUGGACCUGAAGAUGUGCCCUGUGAUGUCUGUGCUGAGAUGAAGCUCAAAGCUGUUAAAUCCUGUUUGACCUGCACUGCAUCUUACUGUGAGACCCACGUCAGACAACACUACACAGUACCAGCACUGCAGAGACACAACCUGGUGGAGGCUAUUAUUUUAAUACCUGACAGUAAGGACAUCAAGGAGAUCAAAGAGCUUCAAGUCAUUGAAGAGAUUUCAAGGGAUGAACAAGCUGAAUAUUUUCAUCCAACUAAGUGCUUCUACAGUGGGUUUUCCUGUAAUGGUAUGACUGAUUUGCCUAUGGAUGUAACUGAGAUUGCGGCGAUUGGACGUCCUUUGGAUCUUGGAAUGUUGUAUGACUGUCGCAAUGAUUCGUUUACUUCAGAUGGUAAUCUUUGGGAUAAACACACUGUAACAAGAAACAGAGUAUCUUGGCCCCAACUGAAAACACAUCUAAAGGUUCUGGAAGAUGACUCACUUCAGGAGAGAUGCAAAGCAUUUGAAAUGUCACCUAUGUUACGAGUAAGUGCUCUGUGUGGUCUUAUGGAGCUACAUGGAGCUGCAGCUUUUCUGAAUCACCCAGAACAAUCUCAACAUCAGGACAGAUUUACACUACACUAUAAAACCACCACCAGACUGGACAUGAUCAGCCAAAGACUGUUACAGGAAGGAGCUCCUACCUCAGCCAUUAAUGCAACCACAGCUACACAUGUGAUCAUCGCCGUGUUCUAUGGAGCCCAAGCUUUCUUUGUUUUUGAUAAUGAGAGAAUCAGCACAGAGAGAAAUACAGAAAUGGAAAAUGUUAUCAAGAAGCUUACCACCACUCUCAGUGCAAGAGAUGUGUUCUCAAGCCUUAAUGAAACUGAAAAGGCAAACAGCAUUUUAUAUGACUGCAGUCUGUACAUUGAUGUGGGCGAUUGGAAGAGUCCAGUGUCUUUUGAUAAGGCGGUGGAGAUCUACGGUUCUCUGCCAACACUGCUUGGAUCCAAAGGAGAGAGAGCAGUUCCUCUGAAGGUCUGGCUGUAUCCUCUGAAGAAACUGGACAUGAGCUCUGUGAGUGCUGCUCUGAGUGGAGUCAGUGAAAACUUGAUGCAUCGAGCUGAGAACAUUCUAGGACAUCUGAGGAAACAGAUCAGGAUCUGUCAGGACAUGAUAACAGACUAUGAUAAUCUGACUGUGAUUACUCGGUUUCCUGCUUUGGAGGAAAAACUUCAGAACUUUUCAGAAUUUCUACAAGAGUACAUGACAGAGUUUCAGAGAAAAGCUGCUGAGAUUAUUGAAUCCAUAAAUGUCAAGGAAGGUGACAGACAGAAGAGUUUUCAAGAACUUAUCAGUUAUUGUAAUCAUUCUCCAUUCAAUCCAGAGAACACACAUCAAUGGCUUGAGAAGAAAAAAACUGUUCUGGCGGUUUUAAAUGAGUGCAGAGCAGUGAACAUGACUAUUGUGAAAUCACAGGAGGAGCUUCAGCGUGUCAUUAAUGAUCCUCAGAUGAACAAUGUAUUCUGCUUCACUAUUUCAUCAAUGGAGGCUGAAGAUUAUUUUCUCACAGAUCUGAAGCAGCACAUUAAAUUAAUGAAAAAGUGCAGAUUGACCGUAUAUGAUUGCAUAAAGCCAGAAGAUUCACUGCAGUCAUUAAAGCCCGUUUGUGUCAGUCAGAAAGUACUUUCCGACCUAAAAGCAUUCAUUGCUGCAAAAGAGACAAAUGAAGAUCCAAAGCAAACCAUAUUCAUUGCUGCAUUUCUACCUGAUGAUAGUUUUCCAGAAUACUCUGUGCAGUUUUACCAUGCUGGGAUGAUCAUGAGCAGAAAUAUGAAACUUCAGACAAAGCCAAAUCUCACCCAAAUCUCUCACAUAAAACACUGUAGCGUGUCCCUAAAAAUGAAUAAAACACAAAACAGAAGCAUUAAGGGGUAUUUGGUGGAGUACAGAGCUCUGGAUGAUGAUGGAAUGACCAGCAACACUUGGAAACUGUUAAUUUUGUAUGCCAAAUCUGUUGAGGAAACCUUCAUUAUUUCAGGACUUACAUCAGGCAAACAAUUUCAGCUGAGGUAUUUAGUUAUUGAGAAAGGCUGUAUGAGUAACUUCAGCAAGAUUAUGAACUUUCAUACAGUUCUUGCAGAAACUCCUGGACAACCCUUUGUGAAUAAACUGAUCAGAAACACUCUCAGAAUUGUCUGGCUGAAGGCUGAAACUGAUGAAGAUUUUCCAGUUCUGCAGUAUAUGGUUGAGUAUAAAGAAGCUGGAUUGGAGGGCUGGUCAUCAGUACUAACUCAAGGACCUCAGUGUGAAUGUACUUUAACUGUACCUCACAGCACCUGCUAUAGAGUCAGAGUCUCUGCUGUCUAUGAGGAUGUUACCAGCAAACCUAGUGUGGAAACACCAGUACCGGUGGAUGUCUGGUCUAUAAACCUCUCAGUAAGAAAGAGCUCCAUCCUCCUAGAAGUGCUGAAACUCCAAACAGAGAAGAAACCAGUAGAGCUGAUAGACUGGACAGAUGAAGAGAGUGAAUUGAGGGGAUUCCUCCAGUGUCUGCCCUACAUCUCACAGCUCAGAUUUGUUGAUCCACAGAAUAAAACAUCUGAAUCAUGGGAGAAAAGAAGGAGAUUAUUCAUACUGGAUUUGUGUCUUCAAGCUGCUCUCCACCAGAAAGAGACAAUAGAAGAAACUGUGAAGAAACUGCUGUCAUCUGUGAAUUAUGACAGAUGUGAUUUUCUGCUGGAUCUGUGUUCACAUGUGAAGGACUAUGAGACUCAAACAGGCAGGAGUGUCCUUCCAGCAUUACAGUCAAUUUAUCAGUCAGAUGCUGCAGUCUGGACCAUAAACCUCUCAGAGAGAAAGAGCUCCAUCCUCCUAGAAGUGCUGAAACUCCAAACAGAGAAGAAACCAGUAGAGCUGAUAGACUGGACAGAUGAAGAGAGUGAAGUGAGGGGAUUCCUCCAGUGUCUGCCCUACAUCUCACAGCUCAGAAUUCAUGAAUAUACUUUGAACUUUAAGAUGGAAAAAUCUGUCCAUUUUCUGCUGAAUCUGACUGUUGCAGCUUCAAAGUGUGUUACAACUACAGGAGAGAGUUUCAUUGAGCUGUUAACAUCUGUGUGCAGCUACAGAUCAUUUCUCUGUUAUGACGAUGAUGAGAUUUAUGAUGAGCAUCAGGAUGAACAUUGUGAUUUCCUGCUGGAUCUGUGUUCACAUGUAAAGGACUAUGAGAUUCAAACAGGCAGGACUGUCCUUCCAGCAUUACAGUCAAUUUAUCAGUCAGCUCCUGCAGUCUGGAGAAUAAACCUCUCAGAGAGAAAGAGCUCCAUCCUCCUAGAAGUGCUGAAACUCCAAACAGAGAAGAAACCAGUAGAGCUGAUAGACUGGACAGAUGAAGAGAGUGAAGUGAGGGGAUUCCUCAAGUGUCUGCCCUACAUCUCACAGCUCAGAUUUUCUGACAUUAACAACAUGAAGAGAGAAGCUGCUGUAAAGUUUCUGCUGAAUCUGUUUGUUUCAGCAUCAGAGUUUGAUGUAAAUACAGAAGAAAAUUACACUGAACUAUUAACAUCUGUGUGCAGCUACACAUAUUUCCCCUGUGGGGAGAAUUAUUAUGAUACUGAGUGUCAGUGUGAUUUCCUGCUGGAUCUGUGGUCACAUGUGAAGGACUAUGAGACUCAAACAGGCAGGAGUCUUACAGCAUUACAGUCAAUUUAUCGUUCAGCUCCUGCAGUCUGGAGAAUAAAGCUCUCAGUAAGAAAGAGCUCCAUCCUCCUAGAAGUGCUGAAACUCCAAACAGAGAAGAAACCAGUAGAGCUGAUAGACUGGACAGAUGAAGAGAGUGAAGUGAGGGGAUUCCUCCAGUGUCUGCCCUACAUCUCACAGCUCAGGAAUGCUGAGCGGUUCAUCCCUUCACUGUGUAAAGUGUUUGGACCGAGAGUGAAGGCAGAUCAGGUGACUCCUCUGCUUCAAGCUUUAGACUUCACCGUCACUCUGAGUGGAAAAUUACCCAGAUCUGUGGGGAGAGUUCUGGGCCGUUCACCCUCAAAACUAAACCUGACUCUGAACACAAGCGUCAUCUCUCUCAGAGGACUCAAACUGCUCUUCAAAACACAUCACACACCUGCAGAAACUGAGUGUGGAAGACAAACUGUUAGUGAAGAUGUUCAGAGCGCUGAGGUCUUUGAAUGCUCCUUCACUGACCACAGAGGAGUUUUCACUGCUCACAAAAGACUCAAAGCAAAAUCUCUCUCAUAUCCUGAGCAGCUUGACGUCUCUCCUGAGACUGUUGUCUGUUCAGUGUUUGGAUCUCACUGAGUGUAAAUCAGAGUCUCUGUCUCUCACGACUCUUUUGGGUCUCCAGGAACAUCUGACUAUCAGGUUCUCUAAAGAGACUCUUCAGCAGCUGGUUUCACUGGUGUUUGAAGCACAGGAUGAUGAACUGACACACUCUUUCCUGAAGAAGGUGUCUAAAGAUCUGACUUCCUGCUCACUGACCUGGGAAAUUAUUCAUUACCUGC